AUGAGCACCCCUGCUUUAAGGCAUACCGUGCGGGGCGCCCUCAAUGCAACCAAAACUACUUCCCACCGUGCUGCUCAACGUUUCGCUUCAUCCUCAGCUGUUAGAUUCGACUGGCAAGACCCUCUCAAUGUUGCAAACAUCUAUACUCCCGAAGAGCUGGCCAUUGCGGACACAGCAAGACAGUACUGCCAAGAGCGGCUUUUGCCCCGGGUGUUAGAGGCGUACCGAAAUGAGAACUAUGACAAGGCCAUCCUACAGGAAAUGGGAGAGCUGGGGUUACUUGGGGCAACGAUCGACGGAUACGGCUGUGCCGGUGUGAGCACGGUUGCGAAUGGCCUGAUUAUCAAGGAGGUAGAACGCGUUGACUCUGGCUACCGAUCGGGCAUGUCGGUGCAAAGCUCUCUGAUCAUGACUGGAAUCUACGAGUUUGGCACCAAGGAACAAAAGGAGAAAUACCUUCCUGGCCUCGCAAAGGGCAAGUUACUUGGUUGCUUUGGCCUCACGGAGCCUAAUCAUGGAUCCGACCCGGGCUCCAUGGAGACUAUCGCAAGACAGCAUCCCACUAAGAAGGGUUACUACUCGCUCACAGGCGCAAAGACGUGGAUCACCAAUUCCCCAAUAUCCGACCUCCUUCUCGUCUGGGCUAAGCUGGAGUCAACGGGAAAGAUUAAGGGCUUCGUUGUGCAGCGGGACCAAUGCCCUGUGGGGACGCUAGAAACCCCGGCUAUCAAGAAUAAAACCGCUCUUCGCGCCUCAAUCACCGGUAUGAUCCAGCUCGACAACUGCCCUGUUCCAGAGGAGAACAUGCUUCCCGACGUUGAGGGGCUUGUAGGUCCCUUUACCUGCCUCAACAGUGCGAGAUUGGGGAUUGCGUUUGGGACCAUGGGCGCGUUAGAAGAUUGUAUCGACCGCGCAAGAACGUACUCCCUAGAGCGCAAGCAGUUCAAAGGGAACCCUCUGGCCAAAUACCAACUGAUCCAGAAGAAACUCGCCGAUGCAACGACCGACGCGGCAUAUGGAACACUAGCUGCAGUCCAGGUUGCAAGACUCAAGGAUGAAGGAAAGUGCCUGCCGGAGAUGAUCUCGAUGAUCAAAAGGCAGAAUUGUGACCGAGCGCUCGUGGGGGCCAGAAUACUACAAGAAGUGUUCGGCGGUAAUGCAACUAGUGACGAGUACCACAUUGGCCGCCACGUGGCUAACCUGUUUGUGACCCAGACGUACGAGGGACAGAGUGACAUCCAUAGUUUGAUCUUGGGAAGGGCGAUUACUGGCGUGCAGGCGUUUUGCUAA